UUUCCACAUUUAGGUAACGGAAGUGCAGCCAAACUUUGCUACGAUGAACUCCCUGGUAGGAUAUUAGACUUUGUGCAUACGGAAACCCCGCCUGAUCAACAAGGAAAAGGAGUGGCCAGAAUGCUUGUUAAAGAAGGUUUCAAGUAUGCUGCAGAAAACAAGUUCAAAAUACGACCCACAUGUCCGUAUGUAGCAAAAUACGCCACUGAAAUGGCGACCGAGGACGAGCGCAAGCUUCUAACAACUUAUAGAGAUCUAGCGUAG